ACGAGCUAUAUUUCAUUCCAAUGAGAGAAAUCUUUGAAAGAACACGGUUUUUAGUACACUUUGGACAAAAGAACCGACUAAAGCAUAUGUAUCAACGUUUUGUCGACAGAAUCCGAUAAAGGGAAGCAAAUAUUUGGAGAAAAACAAAUUCGCAGCUGUACAAAUUGUUCGUUGGUUGAUUUGGAGAUCCGAAUGGCUAUCAAUAGAAAUAUCUUAAACUUUCCCAAAUGUAUUAUGAUCAUUUUUGGUGUAUGGCGAAACCAUUUAACGUCAAACACAAUUGUUCAGAAAUUCUACAUUUUUUACUCCCUGUUUAUUCACAUUUAUAUGCUGAUUUUCGUAUCGUCCAUGUUUACCUGGGUCGCUGUUGCCCUGACUGGAGUAAACAAUUCAGCCGAAAAAAAGGACAAAAUAGGUUUGAAUAUUACUUAUUUAAUCACCAUAUUCACUAUCAUGCUCAAGGUUGUGCUCUGCCAAACGAAGAAUAUUCGACGAACCAUCGCGUUUGUGCAGGAAGAAGAGAAAAAGAUCAACUCAUCUGAGGACCUAGAAAUAUUAGAUACUCAUUUAGAACAAGUAAGAUUUUGCACAAGUAUCAACGUAAUACUUUUUAUUUGCCACGUGGUUUUAUUCGUAUUUGCGGUGGUUGAAAAUAUAGUGACCAGACUAAGCAUAGAAAGGCAUAAUAAAGCACACAAUGAGACGUUGAUAAAGCCCGUCAUAUAUGAAUUAUACUAUCAUAAUAUGGAUCCGAUAAAAUAUGAAACACUCUUUGUGGUGUUCGAUGACAUUGGCGGUACUAUAUUGAUAUCACUAAGCGUUUCCACUAAUAUUAUUCUUUCUUGCGUUAUUUUUGUUUCAUCCAUGUUGAAAGUUCUACAGACGAAGUUAAGAAAAAUGAUAGUUCAAACUGGCGAUAUUAUGAGUGCAUUGAAAAAGUUAGCAAAGGAACACCAGCAAGUCAUUGGGUUUGUAGAAGAUUUGAAUGAAUCAGUUAAGUACCUCAUCUUGAUAGAGUAUACAACUAUAUCGUUAAAUAUAGCCUUAGUGACCCUACGUUUUAUUAAGGAGAAAUCGUACUUAAUGAGAAUUGGAAGAUCGUUCUAUUGUGGUUUUCUAGUUAUAUAUAUACUGGCACUGGGAUGGAGUUCAAAUGAAAUUAAAAUGCAGAGUGUAGCAAUUGGCGAUGCGAUUUAUGAAAGCUCGUGGUAUGAGCACAACAAAAAAGCUCAGGAAAUGUUGCUUGUAAUGAUGAUGCGAACUCAGAGACCUUUAACCAUGACCAAAGGACCGUUUGAUGAGAUGACUCUUCAAUCUUCCUUAAUGUUUUUCAGGUAUUGAAGGCAGCCUACACCUAUGUUACCAUAAUGACUCAGAAACAAGUAUGAGCACCGGAGUAAUAUAAAAUUCUCACUUUGUGUACAUUUUUUUGUUGUAAUAUAAUGUGUUUAUUUUAGUAAGUAAAUCACA